CGACGACAGCCCAUUAAGAUCGCCGGAGCGUGCACAGCGCGUCCACGGAGUUCAGUCAAAUAGGGUAAACGGUAAAAGAGAGGUUUACUUUUCGCGCGGAGGUGAGGAAAGUGGGUCACCUUCAAAAAAGUCGCACCUUCGGGUGGGCGUGGAGGAGCUCGGGACGUGCCUAUAAAGCAGCGUCGCUCCUUGCCGGCCCGUCGCCCCGUAACGUAGCACAGCAAACUGACGCCACGAUGCUGACUUUUUUCCAGCUGAUCAUUUUGUUUUUUUCGACGAACAUUAGCUCAACGGACGCGGAAAAACUUUUCCACAAUCGGGAUCACUCUGACGCGCAGAUCCUGAACUCGCGCCGAGCUGAGGUUAUAACAGACAAGCACACAGCAGAGGUCUUUCUCUCUAGAUAUGGAUUCUUCAAGCCAGUUAACUGGGAAGAAAUCCAGUUUGAGGAUUCAGACACCUCUUUGAAGAGGACGCCUCCGGACUUUCCGGACGAUCUUCAAGCCGCAAUCCAGGAGGGGACCUCCGUGUCUCGUUCAAGGGAUGCUUCUCAAAGUGGCUACGGCGGUGAAACAGAUUAUCGAGCAUUUAUCUCAGCACUUGAAGAGUUUCAGAGGGUGUCAGGUCUACCUGUUACAGGAGUGUUUGAUGAGGCCACCAAGGUGGCAAUGAACAAACCGAGGUGUGGAGUCCCCGACAAGGAGAUUAACCUGAAUGCCCCGGCAGAAGAAGAAUCUGAGGACAUUAGAAGCUCAGAUAUCGAAAACAGUCCCACUGAUAGUUUUAAUGAAACUGGCAGUAAUAAUACAGCAGGUAACACAACCGCUGGUUCUGCAAAUUCCUCUCAGGAUGACACGUUCAAUUUUAACGACACAGAAAGUGUUUCCAAUGACACCGGCGUGACCGAUGCAAAUGGAUUUUUCAGCGCCACUUCUCCAAACAGCUCACACGGCCUCAGCCAUGCGGUGUACGGCAGCAUGGACGCGCAGCAGAGCGGAGAGGUGAGGCGCAGAAAGCGCCACCUCGCCGCCCUGGUGUCCAAACACCGGCGGCGGAAGAGAGACCUGAGCGACACCGGCUACAUGGCCUUCACCAAGAGGGUGCUGAGGUGGAGGCUGAUCGGCGAAGGCUACAGCAGUCAGCUGACCAUAGAGGACCAGAGGUACAUCUUCAGGCUGGCCUUCAGGAUGUGGAGCGAGGUGUCGCCGCUGGAGUUCGUGGAGGAUGCGAAGUCGCCGUUGGAGGAGAUUGACAUCAAGCUGGGCUUUGGCACAGGAAGACAUCUAGGGUGCAAUCAGAAGUUUGAUGGCACCGGCCAAGAGUUUGCCCACGCCUGGUUCCUGGGUGAUAUACACUUUGAUGACGACGAGCAUUUCACUGCUCCCAACACAGGCAGUGGAAUCAGCCUUCUCAAAGUAGCAGUUCAUGAGAUAGGCCACGUCCUGGGUCUACCCCACAUCUACAGAACUGGCUCUAUAAUGCAGCCGAGCUAUCUACCCCAGGAGUCGCUCUUUGAGAUGGACUGGAUGGACCGAAAAGCCAUACAGCAUCUUUAUGGGGGCUGUAAAGGUCGCUUCAACACAGUGUUCGACUGGAUCAGGAAGGAGAAGACGCUCUACGGGGAGGUGGUCGUCCGCUUCAACACCUAUUUCAUGAGGGACGGCUGGUACUGGCUGUACGAGAACAGAAACAACAGGACGCGCUUCGGCGACCCCGUCGCUCUGCAGAUCGGCUGGAAUGGGAUUCCGGUGGACGGAGUGGACGCAUACGUGCACGUGUGGUCCAGAAGAAGAGACGCUGUGUACUUCUUCAAAGGCAUUCAGUUCUGGAGGUAUGAUAACGAGAACGACCGGGCGUUCACUCAGGACUCGGAGGGUCACCGCUAUCCCAGGUUCAUUUGGGAAGGGUUCCCCGGGGUGCCCAGCCCCAUCGACACCGCAUUCUAUGACCGGAUGGACGCUCACAUCUACUUCUUCAAAAACACCCUUGUGUACGCGUUCGACGUGGAAGCCAACAGCCUGGCGAGAGGCUUCCCCAAAAACAUCAGAGCGGUUUUCCCUCCAGUGGUGAGCGGAGACCAUCCAGAUGGCAACAUCGACGCCGCCUACUUCUCCUACACCCACAACGCCGUCUUCCUGCUCAAGGGCACGCGCUUCUGGCGAGUGGCGGGCAGCCGCGACCGCCGGCGCCGGCCCUCUCUGCCGCGGAACGGCCUGCUGCCGCACCAGGAGGUGGAUCAGACCUGGUAUGACAUCUGCAACGUUCAUCCCACUGCACUCAAACUAACCCGCUGAGGGCUCCGCAGCGGAGAUGGAUGCAGACAUCCAUUAUCUACGUUUUAUUGCGAUGCGGAAUUUCUCCGACAGACAAAAACAACUCUGAAUCUUGUUGGCUAAUUUUCUGUGUUACUAAUGCACGUAACAGCUUCUCUCACUCAAAGGGGGGUAAUUGCGUUUCGGCAACUUAUGCAAACCCGACCUAACUUGAUUUGAUUUUUAGAGCAGACGUGAGAAUAAACCUAUUUAUAGGAUAUUUACUUGUUCUUUGCACGGACACAUAUAGAUUUCCCGUACGUUAU